AUGGCUUCCUACAAUGAGAAGCUCAAGGGCGGGGACCACGAACUGUCCCUCGAGUCAGGGAGCGGCGACAUUCCGGCCGCCGAAGCCUACACUUCGUCAGCCGACUACGAACACGGCGUCUUAGCAAACCUCCGCCGCUUCGAGGCUCGCAUGGACAAGGCUCUCGGCGUAGAGUCAGAGGCUAUCGUACGCAAAACAGAAGAGGACAAACGACCCGUGCCAUGGCACGAGGAGCUUAACAUGGCCCUGAUUUGGGCCUCGGGAACAAUGGGUAUCAGCUGUUUCGCCACUGGGUUCCUGGGUUGGGAGUUUGGCCUGAGCUUGAAGCAGAGUCUGCUCAUUUACAUCUUUGCAUCUAUUCUUGGUGGCUCGGUGUCUUCAUACUGCGCUACUUUUGGUGCAGCAACCGGUCUGCGUCAGGUUUCCGUCUCUCGAUACAGCUUCGGAUGGUAUCCCAACAAGAUCAUUGCUUUCCUGAAUGGUAUUGAACAGCUGGGUUGGGCCUCUGUUGCCACCAUCAGCGGUGGCCUGGCUCUUACUGCUGUUGCUGACGGGCAUAUAUCUCUUGUUGUCGGCGUUAUCAUCAUCGCCAUCGUUUCGCUCGCCAUCAGCUUUCUGGGUCUCAAAUACAUCUUGAUCUACGAGCGGUAUGCCUGGUGUAUCUACUUCAUCGUAUUUAUGAUCAUCUUCGGCAUGGUGGGACCGUACUCCGACAACAAGACCCCUGCCUCUAGUUCAGGCCUAGAUCUCUCGGGCAAUGUGCUUUCGCUGAUUGGCAUUGUUUACGGCAGCUCCGCAUCAUGGGCGACUAUGGCUUCGGAUUACUAUGCGCACUACCCAGCCAAUACAUCGCGGCUAAAAGUUUGGCUGUUGACUACUGCCGGUAUUGGUAUCCCUACAGCGAUCGGCAUGACUGCAGGAGCUACGGUUGCCAGCUCACUCAACAACGUCGAAGCUUGGAAGACCGCCUACGAGGAUCCUCACCAGGGCCUAGGCUUCCUCAUCAGAGACAUGCUGCAUCCUCGAGGCUUCGCCAAGCUGCUUCUAGUUCUGCUGUCCUUCAGCGGCAUCAACACCAACAUCAUGUCCCUCUACUCAUCAGCCAUUUCGUUCCAACAGAUGGCUACCCCGUGUGCCAAAGUUCCCCGCUUCAUCUGGACCCUCGGCAAUUUCGUAAUUGUCAUAAUUCUGGCUAUCGUUGGUCGUCAAAAGCUUAACACAUAUCUGCAGGACUUUCUGAGUCUCCUGGGUUACUGGUGCACAAGCUACUUCGUCAUCCUUUUUGAGGAACACACCAUCUUCCGCAAGCGUGACUUUGCAAACUACGACCUUGAGGGCUGGAAUACUCGGGAGAGGCUGCCACACGGCAUCGCUGCAUCUGUUGCUUUUCUUUUGGGUGUUGUUGCGUGGUGCAUGGGAAUGGUUGAGACCUGGUUCACUGGGCCACUGGGCAAGUUGAUUGGAACAUAUGGAGGCGAUGUUGCAAAUGAGUUGACCUUUGUGGUCACCGCGAUCGUGUACCCAAUUGCUCGAUACUUGGAACUCAAGUACUUCGGCAAGUAG